AACAACAACAACACCAACAACAACAACAGCAACACCAACAACAACAACAACAACCAACAACAACAGCAACAACACCAACAACAACAACAACAACAACAACACCAACAACACCAACAACAACAGCAACAACACCAACAACACCAACAACAACAGCAACAACACCAACAACAACAGCAACAACACCAACAACAACAGCAGCAACAACAACAACAACAGCACCAACACCAACAAUACCAACAAAAGCAACAACUUUUCCAGUGUCUAUGAGCACCUCUACUCCCACAGAGAACGCAUCGAACCCCAGUCCUCCCCAAAAAACCUCAGGCUCUCCUCUUGUGGGCACCAACAGAAUUGCGUACACCAUGUUGGGGCUGUCUUUGAUUGCCAAUAUGCUGUUGGUGUUUUUUGUUCGGAAAAGACACCGCACAUCAGAGAGUGAAAAGAGUCAUUUAUCACAGAAUAAUGGACAUUUACGGGAUGAUUUACAUCUCAUAGAGAUGAACCAUAACUACAAACAGACGUCAGAUCAUGAACAGCAUGACAUGGACUUAAGUACAUCAUGUGAGGAGUGAACAUGUAGCCAAAGUGGACUAGAUAGGAUACUAUCUUGGUUUAUCUGGAUGUUUCUCAAAGUAUGUGCUGCAGUGGAGUGAAGUACAAAGGUUUUGAACUCUAAUGAGAAAUUCAACCUGCACCAGGCCACGAGCAGAGCGCAUGUCUGUGGAGAGAAUGAUAAGCCUGCAAAGUGAGCUGCUUCAUUCUACACAGUCCUUUCUUCUUCUACAAAAUGGUCAUCGUGCUACUGUUAGAAUAAAUAACUAGCCUCAGAUAUGUUUUUUAACCACUGCCGUAGUUCAUUAUUGUAUCGAGGACAUGUGACGAUACGGACUAUGAUGACAGCUGUGAGAUUCAUGGAUCCAGUAUAUGUCAUGACAAAUGCAUGAUCCAUCUAAUAGCAAACUAACUAAAUAGGACAAGAACUAUUAACAGGGAUGAUGCCAUGACUUGCCACCCAGAUAACACCCCGGAUGGAGGCUGACUGGACUGUGCAACGUGCCAACAGGCCUGGCUGGUCUGUGCACCAAUGAAGAGGCACUAAGUCUAAUCCAUGGUAGCCUCCCACUGUAGUUUGAGUAUAAAACUCAUUGCAUAGGUGUAAACAUUGAGUCUGCAUGGGAAUGUUGACACAGACUCAUUGUACAAGUAUUGCUCUCUUGUAUGUGAGUUGUAUGUAAGUAAAUUAUCUGGACUUUAUUUCUGUUUCAAGUGUAUUCUUUAUCUAAGCAGAAAUUAACACAAGAGGAAAAUGGUGUUUUCCUCAACACUACAAAAAUAAAUAAUCUGACUGUUCCUGAAAGCUCACAAGAUGUUUUUGUGCAUGAUGGGAUUCUAUUUCUAUAUAUUGUAUAUUAGGAUAUGUUUAACCACUAAUCCUUAUUAUGUCAUAGUCCAGAUACACUGUGCCUUGUUCUUGUUGUUGUGGUGUCUAUUAAUGCCUUGGCUUUUUUAAUGUACCAGUGCAAAGUUAUAAUGCACCAGAUACUACAUGUUUUGUGUCCAGGUAAAAUGUACAAAGGAAAUCUUAUAAUAUUCCUAUUACAGUUCAAACGGAAUGCUCUGGAGGCUAAUAGUCCAGUAAAUGUGCUACUGGAAGUUGAUUCGACUAGCCUAUUUAAGGUGUCAUUCAAUUUUUAGCAGUUGCCUUUGGUAUAUUUGCACAACAUAGGCCUGCCAUCCAAGAGUACAGGAAACUAUGUGAAUGUUGUAACUUAAUGUCUUAUGAAACAAUUGCAGAGGAAUCUAUGAUCCUAUCCCAUUUGAUGUCCUUUGAUAAAUCUGGUAUUUUGGGGAGAGAUAGAACUGUGUGUGUGUCUCAACUACACAUGUGGUUCCUACAUUCCCACUCUCGGAUGCAAACCACCUGGGUGCCACUAAUUAACAUUCUGUCUGCGACUGGCCUCCAUCAGCUGAAUGGAGGUUCAGUGUUAGGGCUGCUCAAUGUACUCUCGGUGUACCCUCAGUGUCUGAGUGGAAAUGUGCCAAUGUGCUCAUCUCCUCUCCCUGUAAAUUCAGUAGGCCUACCUUAUGAAGGUUACAGUUUUAAGUUAGUUUAAGAUAGGGUAACAUUCCUAUAGCCUAACAUAAGCGGACGUUUUUCUAAGGUUAGAAUCUAUAGGUUAAAUUGUACUGAGUAAAAGACCAGAUUUUAAGUUUGAAACGAUGUAAGGACUUCUGGAGUCUUCCCACUCUCUACCGGAGUGUGGCGGUAAUGCGCCUUUCAGGUGCAUGCCAACAUUAGCACUGAAGGCUGAAGAAGACCGUUUUGGUUUGUUUUGGUUGCUUGGUUUUGUAGCAUCAUUUUGUAGUGAUACGGACAUGUCCUCCUUGUUCUUUCAGACAGCACAAAUGUCUCUAUAGCACCUGCAGUCAGCCGCUCAUUCACCAAACUCUCAGCGUAGACAUUUAUACUAUUUUUAGCUUUAGCCCAAGCUAACCACACGCUGCUGCACUGCUGUAGUCUACUGCAGCGUGUUCUUCCCUUUGACUCCAUUUGUUGCCAUUCUCAUUCAGGGGUCUUGUCUCACACAUCUCACUCAAGCUUCGGAAAAGUGAACCCUCGUCCCCCAUUCUCAUCGUCAUGACAACGGACUCAUCUCUUCUGAACUCUGAGCUCGAGCUCCAGCAGCAGGAGGAGCUGUACCAGCAUCUGCUCCUGCAGACAAUGGGAAAAAUGCAGGAUGAAAACCCUGAUUCUAGAGUUAUAAAACCACAGCCAGGCAUAUGUAUCAAGACUGUACUAGAGCCAUCAAAGCAGAAGGUUUUCAUUAAUAUCUGUCAGUCAAACUCAGUCCCGCCCCCUCCAGACAUGUCCCGGGAUGAGCUGGUGGAACUGCUCCAGUCUGAGGACCCCAGUGGAUACAGGGUUCCUAUGAGUCUCGGAGAGCCACACACAGAAAUGGAUAACAGCUCCCAAGGCUGCACUGCGUAUGAUGUGGUCAUAAACCAAGACUUUUUCCAGACCUGUCGGAAGGAUCCACUCUUUCAGCAGUUUAUAAUCCUGGUGUCUGUGGAAGGCUUGGAAAAUAAGUAUAAUCUGGAGCUGAGCAGAGAGUGGAAAGUCCUUAAGAAUAGGAAGUUUCUGGGUUCAAUUGGAGAACAGAGUAUUCGGACAAAGACUCGACCAGUUAUCCAAGAGCUACAACCUCAGGAGAACCAGAUUGCUGCUAAAAGACCUGACUUCACUUUGCUGGUUGAGCCCCCAGCUGGUGAUCCACAAUAUCUCAUAGCAGAGAUAAAGCUUCCUGGAAUAACUUCAGUUCGCUCUCUGCUGCUGGACGUGGGAGAGGACAGACUGGUUCUGAAUGCCCGCCCUUCUCUGUACCACAUGGACAUUUUCCACCCUUUUCUCAUUAACCAGGAAAGCAGCAUGGCCCAGUACAACACCACUACUCAAAUCCUUACAGUUACUAUGCCUGUUGUAUCUUCAUAAAUCAUAUAUAUAUAUAUAUAUAUAUAUAUAUUUUUUUUUUAAAUUGUUUAUAUGUAAAGUAAUAAAUCAAUUUUGUAUUUCUUGAACACAUAACAUGGUUUGCUUAUUUCUCUAUUAAAAAUAAAGCAAUUCUAGCAUGUUGAAAUUGCCAGCAUUUACUUUGAAUGAAAUUAGAUGUGUGGCACCAA